AAAGCCAUUUCAUCUCCAACUGUAUCGCGCCUUACAGAUACAUCAAAAUUCACGGGUUCUCACAAAGAGAGGUUUGAUCCCAGUGGGAAAGGAAAAGGCAAAGCUGGCCGAGAAGAUCUGGUGGAUGCUUCAGGAUAUGUAUCUGGCUAUAAGCAUGCAGGCACAUACGAUCAUAAAGUACAAGGAAGCAA